AUGGACGCGCCGCUCUCACCAGCCGACUUCCGCAUUUACAACCGCCUCGCCUCGCAAAUGGAGCAAAUUCACAACGGAUUCCGGAACACAUGGACCCAACUCAAACAAGCUUGCCCCCUAGAUUCCCAAGCCCAACCCAACUCAUAUCCUGCAACAGAUGGUGACGAUGAAGACGCCUCAAAUGACGAAAUAAUUAUGCUGGGCCUAUCCUUCUGUGAAGGUCUAUCAAUGCACCACUCGAUCGAAGAGCGGUUCAUCUUCCCGCUUCUUGCGGCGCGGAUGCCCGAGUUUGGGACAUCGGGCAUUUUAGCCGAGCAGCAUGAACUUAUUCAUGAUGGGCUUGUGAAGCUGCGUGGGUAUUUGAAUAGGUGUGAGAGGGAGGGUGAGGAGGAGGCGUUGGAUAGGAGUGAGGUUAGGAGGUUCAUGGAGGCGUUUGAGCAGCUGCUUUGGGAACAUCUAGAUGGGGAGGUGGCGGUCUUGGCUGGGGAGAAUAUGAGACGCUUUUGGAGUUUAGAGGAGGUGAGAAGAUUUCCUAUGUAA